AGCGCGGCGCUGCCGGCAGCAUGGGCAGCUGGCUGGUGAACCACGGGUUUUCGGCCGCCGUGAUCGCCGCCUGGCUGGGCAUCAAUGUCUUCCUCUUCACGUACUAUUUUCUGUUCUUCGACCGCGACGAGCGGUACUUCUACACCAGGGAGAUCCUCGGGUCCGCCUUGGCGUGGGCCCGGGCAUCCGCCAAGUGCCUGAACUUCAACAGCAUGUUGAUCCUGCUGCCCGUGUGCCGCAACCUGCUCUCCUUCCUGCGGGGGACCUGCUCCUGCUGCAGGCGCACACUGAGGAAGCAGCUCGACCACAACCUCACCUUCCACAAGCUGGUGGCCUACAUGCUGGCCCUGUUCACAGCCGUGCACACCAUCGCCCACCUCUUCAACCUGGAGCGCUACAACCGCAGCCAGCAAGCCACCGACGGCAGCCUCGCCGCCGUCGUCUCCAAGCUGCACCUGCAGGGCAGCAAGUGGCUGAACCCCAUCCACUCCAACAGCACGACCCCCGAGUACGUGGCCUUCACCACCAUCCCAGGGCUGACGGGGGUCAUCAUCACGCUGGCGCUCAUCCUCAUGGUCACGUCCUCCACCGAGUUCAUCCGCAGGAACUACUUCGAGGUCUUCUGGUACACUCACCACCUCUUCAUCAUCUACUUCGCCGGCCUCGUCAUCCACGGCAUCGCCGGCCUGGUGCGCGGGCAGACGGAGGAGAGCAUGGAGGAGGCGCACCCCCGGCACUGCGCGAAGUACCUCACGGACAAGGACUGCGGGCACCACUGCUGCAAAGAGCCCGAGUUCGGGAGCAUCCCCGCAGAGUCGUGGAAGUGGGUUCUGGCCCCGGUCCUCCUCUACAUCUUUGAGCGGAUCCUUCGGGUCUGGCGUGCGCGGCAGAAGGUGGUUGUUACCAAGGUGGUCAUGCACCCCUCCAGAGUGCUGGAGCUGCAGAUGCAGAAGAAGGGCUUCCACAUGGAGGUGGGGCAGUACAUCUUUGUCAACUGCCCCACUGUCUCCCUCCUGGAGUGGCACCCCUUCACCCUCACCUCAGCGCCUGAAGAGGACUUCUUCUCCAUCCACAUCCGGGCAGCUGGGGACUGGACGGAGAGUGUCAUUGACACCUUCCAGCAGCAGAAGCCAGAGAUGCCCAGGAUUGAGGUGGAUGGCCCUUUCGGCACCGCCAGUGAAGACGUGUUCCAGUAUGAGGUGGCCAUGCUGAUUGGAGCGGGCAUCGGGGUCACCCCCUUUGCCUCCAUCCUGAAGUCCAUCUGGUACAAGUUCCAGCAGGCUGACCAGGCCCUCAAGACCAAGAAGAUCUACUUCUACUGGCUCUGCCGGGACACAGGGGCCUUUGCUUGGUUCAACGACCUGCUUGCCUCGCUGGAACAGAAGAUGGCCGAGUCUGGCAAGGCAGACUUUCUCACCUACCGGCUCUUCCUCACCGGCUGGGACACCAGCAUUGCCAACCAUGCAGCGCUCAACUUUGACACUGCUACAGACACGGUGACCGGCCUGAGGCACAAAACCAUCUUUGGGCGGCCCAUGUGGAACACUGAGUUUGCGGCGGUGGCCACUGCCCACCCCAGGUCAGUGGUUGGUGUGUUCCUGUGUGGGCCGGAGGCCUUAGCAAAGAGCUUGCAGAAGUCUUGUCACCAGCACUCCAGCCUGGACCCCAGGAAGGUCCAAUUCUACUUCAACAAGGAAAACUUCUAAGCGGGAUCCAUGCUGUGACCAUGGCUUGCAGAGGACAACCAGCCAGUCUUUGCAUCCCCUUUCAGACUGAGUCAGCCUGGCCAGGGCUAAGCACCAGCUGAAGAGCACUUCAUCAAACCCAGGCAAGACAUAGCAAGGCAUUCCCUCUCCAUGAGAAACCAUAGGUUCAAACACUGCUGCCUUCUUAACCCAGUCUACAAAGAGUUCUUGUGAGGGGAAGGGGCCCAGAGCUCAGCACAGUCCUCCGUGAACAGAAUCGGGGCAAGCGUCAUGAUGCUGCAUUAUUGGAGCAGUACGAAGGCUUGGAUCAGCUUUAACCAGCUGGAGCGCUCAGCAGGGUGGGCAGAACUGCGGGACAGUGGGAUGGGACGGGACGGGAGCUCGGCCUGCUGAGCGGUCACCAGGGGCCAAACACGCCCCUCGUUGUGUUUAAACAGUUCUUCGUGUAAAAGGGUAAGUUAAACUUGCUGCCCUUUGCAAUAAAAGCCAAAGAUGGUGA